AUACGAACACAACUCGAGGAGGGACAGAGUAUUAUUGAGACGGCGAAAAAUGUGGUAUCAACCAACACAAGCACAAAUAAACUGUGUAACGUCCAUUAUUUGCCAUUGUGGACUAGGGAUACAUAUGUGAUUAAUAUGUAGUUAUAAUUUAAAACAUGUGCAUAAAAAAUUCAAUACAAACCAAAAGUUAGUGCAAGUGUUGCAAAGGGCAUUUGGUAGCUGUGAUUGGCUAAUUUAAGUGAAAUAUGUGCAUGUAUGCGUACUACAAAUUACCAGGAUGCGAAAUAUAAUUACCUUACUUAAAAAUUUAAAUACAUAUAUCUACAAAAAAAAAAAGGUGCAUAUCAGUGUUUUUCAUGUUUUAAGAAAUAACAGUUAUUUGAGCUAUAAAAUAUGUAAGUGUUAAUAAAUUGAUUUGAUGGUGUAUGUGAAAUUUCAUUCCAAAUAAAGCAUAAAGGUAAAUAAUUAUAUACUUGUAUAGUUAAGUUAACGGGACCGCCUAUGUUCAUAUGCACAAAUCGUUGCUCCUACGCAGGCAGUUUGCCGUGUGCAAGCGCGCUUUGACCCUAUUAAAUGUCAUCUGGUGAAUGGGAUUUGCGUGCUCUCAAAGCACUCGAGGAAGAGGAACAAAAGGAAUUUCUUGCACUUAGCCAAAAAAGUCUAUUUGAUCCUCCCUCCCCACCAACGGGGGAAAGACUAUUCCAACAGACCCAACUAUUGAAGCAGCAGCAAUUUCAACCGAAACUAACCUAUGCCCAAUUGCAUCCGCAUAUACUUAAUUUACCCACCAUUAAUGAAUGUAACCUAGUUGCGGCGGCUCGCAAACGUCAACAGCUUCUGCAGCAACAGAAUACAGCAGAUAGUAGAACCGGAGGAAGACGUUUGAAAUUCACUCGAGCACUGUCAAUUUCGGCACACUCCUUGACAGGAGUUGGCAGUCAAGAAAUAAGAAAAAAAGUUGAGUCUCAAAAGUCCAAGGCUAAUGUGUCGAAGGUCAGUAAUGCGAGUUCACCGGCUCAAUCUUACAGUCCCUCACCCAUCUACACGCCACCACCAAUUAGACGAUGUGCGACAUUACAUCACACACAGCCAGUACGCAAGGCUUUCAAGACUCUACAACAGCUGGAAAAACAGAAAGAGGAUCGCAAAAAAGAAGCUGCCGCGACGCUGAAACGCUUGGUUGGCACAAACAAAACCUAUUGGAAGUACGGUGCCAACUCUACAGCCGCCUCAAUCAUUGUACAGCGGAAGAAGCUCAAUUCUUCCAUUGCAGAAAUCGAGUCUAAUACUUCUGACGAGUUCGGUUCGGAAGAAACCACAAACAACUUUAGUGGCAAUGAUAGCCACGCCAACCCUGACCGCUGGCUAAAAUCAUACGUAGAUUGUGACGAUAGUGCGACCGAUACAGGAUCCUGUACGGUGCCACUGACUUCGGACUCAGUUGAAAUGAUGCGCCUUAUGUUAUCGGCAGCAACCGCUGCCGUCAAAACUCACCCCAUCAAUACACAAACUCCUGCAGCUACAGCGGAAAACAAGCCAAAAGAUGUUGAUUAUUUACUCAAUAAACGGCCGCUGAAUAUUGCGACCUCGGUAAAUGUGGCAGCAACUAGUGGUGGUUCAUGCAAAGAUUUUUCGAAUCCUUCCACCACCUCCACACCGCUUUGCGCAACUAAAGCCAAACAACUAAACGGCGGCAAUAAUGUGGUGCAAAGUGACUAUGGUAGCACAUUCCUUACACUAUCAUCACGUUAUCCUUUAAAAUUAUCCGCGUCAUUAUUCACGCCCGAAGAGAAAACUGUUGCUUAUAGAGCUUUUAACGAGCAGCAGCGAAGGAAAAGUCUCUCGCACAACGGGGUUCGGCUUGCACCGCUUCCACUUCAGCGUGGAAGAAGUUUAACAGACGAAAUCUCAGCAAAUGAUUGCAGCAAUAACAGCAACAGUCACUCGUUGACGAUAACAGGACAAAAUGUUCGUAGUGCAAACACCCGCAAUAUGUUAAAGUCCAGUUCGCUGGAUAUGUGUACGAACAUGAAUGAAAGUUUGAACGCUAAAAGCGGGAAUUGUGCCAUACAAAGGUCCAGCUUAAUUGCCAAUUCUAUUGUGGAGGGCAUGAAAACGGCAUCUUCAUUAAGCAUCAAAGAACUAGAUGUGUUGGCUGAUUCAACAAAGAAAUUGCGGCAGCAGCAUAGCAUCUUAAAUGUACAUACCACCCGACAUGCAGAGCCACACGUGACCCCGAUUUUGUGUAGGGGCCGCGUUUCAUCAAAUAAUGGCAGCAAUUGCAACGGUCCAUCGAUCGCGGCGACCAUAGCGGCAACGGACCAAGGUACUCCUCUGGAUUCGCUGCAUCAACAUAUUAUCGAUGACGACCUGGAACAGCAUAUCAAGCAUUGCGCAUGCUCAUGCAAUCACAUGGGCUAUGGCAACUCCAUGGAUUAUCAGGCAACCGGCUUUGGCGGCCUACCUGAUGUCACCGAGCACUCCAAUGCGCACCGCACACUCUCACGCCAGAACUCAAUUUCAAACAGUGAUUCCGGUGGCGAAAUUGCCAGCAUUGAAAAGUCAAAAGUGAACUUUGGCGACGGCAGACCGCUACCAACCGCCCACCCUGCCAACAUAAAGCGUAAAUCGAAGGCAACCCACCAAGCAGCUAGUGACAGCUGUGCCAGGGUGCACCGCUUAAAACCGCGACGUGGCUCCUGCACCAUAUUCUUGACUCUCGUAGCCGCGCUUUGCCUGUUUACCAUUGCCGCCAUGCUCGCAUACCAACACUUUGUGGCGCCAAGCCGCAAUUCGCAUGCUCAAAGACUGAAAAUCGUACAACGGAUACUGAAAGAAGUGCCGCUAGUGGAUGGCCACAAUAACUUUGCGUGGAAUGUCCGGAAGUACGCGCACAACAGUCUGGAGUUGGUGCACAUGAGACGCGAUCCCAGUGCGGAGGCUCUAUGGACCAGGCCGUCGUGGGCGCAAACAGACAUUGAGCGGCUGAAGCAAGGACUAGUUGGCGUGCAAAUGUGGUCAGCGUAUGUGCCUUGUGAGGCUUUGGGCCUAGACGCAGUCCAAGUGGCUAUAGAACAAAUAGAUAUUAUACGGCGCUUAACAGACAUGUUCACCGGGGAUACGAUAUUAGUAAGCUCAUCGAAAGAUAUUUUCACAGCACGACAGCACGGCCAGAUGGCUUCACUAAUCGGCAUUAAAGGUGGCCACGCUAUCGGCUCCUCAUUGGCCGUUUUACGGUCAUUCUAUUCGGUGGGCGCUCGUUCGCUCAGCCUAACGCAUAAAUGUGACCUCUCAUGGGCGGGCUCUAGUGCAUCAGAAUCGGAGAGCGGACUCUCUGCGUUUGGUAAGGCUGUUAUUCGUGAAAUGAACCGACUGGGAAUGAUGGUCGAUUUGUCCCAUAGCUCCGAUGCCACAGCUCGCGACGUUCUACAAGUUACUCGGGCUCCAGUUAUAUUCUCUCAUUCAGCCGCAAGACAACUUUGCAAUUCCACACGCAAUGUACCCGACGACAUUCUUCGAUUGGUAGCAGACAAUGGCGGACUCAUCAUGGUUAGCUUCGAUCCAGAAGAUGUGGCUUGUGGUCAGCAGGCAUAUCUGGGUGAUGUAGUUGAGCACAUAAAACACAUCAGAGCCAUCGCUGGAGUGCAACAUAUCGGGCUGGGCGCUGGUUAUGACGGCAUUGAGGUGCCACCCGUCGGUCUUGAAGACGUUUCCAAAUAUCCAGAUUUGCUGGCGACAUUACUUCAAGAUCACAACUGGAGUGAACAAGACAUAGCAAUGCUGGCCGGCAAAAACUUUCUACGCAUCCUGGAGACCGUAGAAAAUGUACGCGAUUAUUGGAAACGUGCCGACAUUCAGCCACUCGAACAGACUGAACCACAACCGAAACCACAGUGCACAUACAUGUCGUCGUGACCACAGCUGCAGCCGAUGCGCAGCAGUUAUGCUGCCGCGCAAGAAUUAGACCUGAGACAAUGCAAUAGCAUGCUGCCAACAUUGACUGACAACGGCAGCCUCAAAUAUUAUAUCUGCAUGAUUGCACUCUUGGGGUGGGUCGGAGCAAAUAAUCAAAGUAUACGCACACUGAUGGAUGCAGUGAGCUUAAAUGUAAUAAAAUUAGUGUUUUAGGCAAUUCAUUUCAUUUAGAUUAUACUUCGCGUGUAUGUAUGUGUAAGUCUAAUGAAAUUUCUAGUUUUAUUUGUUUAGGUUAUUCAUAUGUAAAUGUAUGUAUGUAAUCUAUAAAAACUUGCACAUUCGCAAUGUUUGACAACGUGACAAAGCACAUACACUACAUACAUACAUAUGUAUGUACAUAUGUAUUUGAUUUAAGCAAAAACUUUGUUGUGAAAAUGAAGUCUGUUAAGAAACUGCUCAAUAACUAAAUACAACUUUACUUGUUUAAGCGAAAAUAUUAAAAUACAUAUGUAUGUAUGUAAAACCACUUUAUACAUAUAUAAAUUUAGAGAUUGCGGAGUCAGCAAAUUAAGUGGUGCACAAGCAAAAAAUUAUAACCAUAUCCGUUCAAAUUAUUUCAAUAGAGCCUUGUUUCAGAACAUUGGAGAGUGCACAAAUACGUAUACAUACAUACAUACAUACAUACAUACAUACAAACACAAACAUGUGUAUCUAUUAGUAUGUAUGCUAUAAUGUACCUUUGUAGGCAGACAAAAAAUAUACAUAUACAUAGAAUUAUAGGCAAUUUCAACCAUAGAUGCACACAAGCAUUAAAAUAAAAAAAAAAAAGUGUUUAUAGUUAAAUAUAUCGUUUUAAUUAUCUGUCUUAACAGAUGUAAGAUGAAUGUGCCAACAAAUAUAUAAUACCCAUACUAUAUACUAUACAUACAACUUAUAUACUAUUCUUUUUAAGAACUCUUUUUUUAGUUAAUGCUAAGUUUAUCGUUAACAAGACAAUCUUUACCACAAUUAAAAACCUAAGUAGUUUGAAGAUAAAAAACCUGCAUUUGUUUGCAUUUUUGCACAUACCCAAUCAUAUACACAUCUUCACACACAAUAGGCUGAUUUCAAAAAUAUGAAUAUUGUCAUACAAAUUCUUAAAGGAUGCGGAUAUGAUUACUUUCAAAUGAAACUUUCCUUUUCUAUUUUUAAACUUAUUUUCGGGUAUAUUCUGUAAAUGCUGACUGAGCCGGCAACACUUCAAUGUAUGUAAGUGACUAAAGCUGUGUCGGAAUUGCCUUAAUUUUAGCGCCUAAAUUGAAAUUUCUACUGUUUUAAAUUAGGCAAACUGGGCUAGUUCACUUUGAUCGAAUUUCAAGGGGUCAGAGAUGCGUACUACCAUACUGUAGGACCCAGGUUCGAUCCACGGUCAAGGCAAAAUCCCAAAAUAGAUUAUUGAUAAAGGUUUUUUCUUAACAGCUGUCGCCCUUCAGCAGGCAACGGCAAACAUCCGAGUGUAUUUCAGCCAUGAAAAAUAGAUUCUCAUAAAUUCAUUAAGUUGCCGUUUGGAGGCGCCGUAAAACUGUAGAUCCCCCCAUUUGUGUAACAAUUUAUUCAAAGUAUAUUUCAAACAUCAAAACGGCCACACCACAAAUUUAAGGAGAAGCUCGGCCAAACACUUAGCAAAACUGUAAGCGCCAAAACAUUUAUUACUCAUAUUACUUAUUCUCAGAGACCGUACCGGUAUUGAAUUUUUAAAUCAAAAGCAGACAAUUUUAGUUAUUUUUUUACUUUUAUCAUUUUGAGCAAAUAAUACCGAUUAAUUCUGCUUUCUAUUUUUAUAAGGCAAAAAUAAAAGUUAAAAUUUGCCUUUUAUUUUUUUGACCAGAAAGUAAUCGGUAAUUGUUGCCUUUUAUUUUAGAAGGUUUAAGUUUUUUGAAUAGGGUUGCCACCUGCUGAAAAAAUCGGAAUUACAUCGUUUGCGCAAUUUUAAAACAUGAGGUUGCCACCUGUUGAAUUUUUUGUUUCGUGUAGAGCAUCAGAUUUGCACCGUUCUCUCAAUUUUAAAAUGAGGGUUCAAAUGACAGGGAUUGACCUACAUACGUGCUAUGUUUUUUUAAGGGUUGCCGCCUAAUAAAAAAUGCAUUGUUUGAAAUAUAAAUCGGUAAAAUAUCAGAAUAUGGGCAUCAAGCGAAAGGAUUUUGAGAUUAAAUUAAUAUGUUGGUGUCUUUAAACAGCUGCCUAAAACCAAAUUUACCCAAAGCACGUCAACGAGGUGGCAACGCUAUUCAAAAAAAAAUAAACCUUCUUGCACAUCUAGAAGCCUAGCCCAUUCAUUUGACACCUGAUUUUUUUUUUUUUAAUACAACAAGCGGUGUAGAUUUUAUAAUUUUAAGAAAUAUGGCAACCCUUUUCAAAAAAGUCAUACCCUGCUGUACAUUUAGAGGCCAAGCCCAUUAAUUUGGUACCUCAG